AUGGCAAAGGCUACCUGGACAAGUGGGGGUAUAAGAAGCCAAAGCCACCUGAAUCAAACUGGACAGAACCUAUUUGCAGAGCUGCAAAAGCAGUUGGCAGAGCGCCGGGAACAGUUGGCCCACAGGCUCGGGCUUUUGGAUGGAGUCCAAGACGAAGGCCCUUUCCUUGUGCAGAACAUGGUGUCCUCUUCUAUGCCAGCCCCUGGAGUAUUGCAGUAA